GUUAUAGAGGAGAAAUAGAAAAUAUUGAACUAGGAUUUGGAGACCAUAUAGAUUAUGAAAUAGAUGAAAUAACAAAUAGUUUACAGUCUGAUUAUAGUAAAGAAAGAAAUGCUAGUAUUAAUAAAAUAGAUAAUGAAAUAGACUAUAAAGCAGAUGAUAGGAAUAAUGAAAUAGAUAAUGAAAUGGACAAUGAAGCAGAAUUUGAAGAUGAUGAAGCAGAAUUUGAUAAAAUAGAUGAAAUAAAAGAG